AUGUCUCAAUCUAAACCAAUCGAGUUUGUGGGGAUGAAAAAAAUCCAGGAAGGUGGUAAAGGGAACGCUGGAUUUGACAGUUCGGAAGACUUACACGACUCCUCUGUUAAUACUGGAUAUAAAAGUGACUUUCAGAUAAAUGGUGAUCAUUCCAGAGAUAAGGAAAACGCUGCCACUGAAAAAGUUGAAAUAGUUAUUGAAAAACCCCGACCCCUUGUUUACAGUGUUACAGAUAGUCCCCCAAUACAUCUAACAUUAUUACUCGCAAUUCAGCAAGCCCUACUUCCAGUCUCAACAUCCCUGUCAGUGUCUCUAUUAGUAGCAGAGUUGGUCUGUGCUAGAGAUGAUGAUGAAAUCAAAGCUAAACUACUGGGCACUACAUUUUUUAUGUCAGGUUGUGCUACAUUAUUAAUGGUACUAGUAGGCGUUAGGCUACCGAUAUUCCAAGGUCCGAGUUCCACUUAUGUGGUGCCCCUGCUGGGACUAGCUCAACUGCAGGAAUGGUCAUGCCCAUCAAAAGAAGACCUUGUGUCUUACUACUCAAACUAUACCACAAAUAUGACAGAUCUUCAUGGCAGAUUACCUGUUCCAAGGGAGGUAAUAUAUGGUCAUUUAGAAAAGUUACAAGGUAGUUUAAUGGUAGCUGGUGGAAUACAUAUAUUAAUAGGAUUAACUGGUCUGGUUGGGGUUAUUGCUAAGUUUGUUGGACCAAUUACAAUAGUACCAUCGUUAUUUAUGGUAGUAUUAUAUGUACACAAUGUCACUGUUGAUUUUGCUGAAACUUAUUGGGGAAGUGCUGCCGUAACGUCAGCAUUUGGUAUUAUAUUCUCAUUAUAUCUCGCCAAUAGAAGUACACCUAUACCAUUCUGGAAUAAUAGUCGUGGUUUUCAUAUCAUGUGGUAUCCUUUGCAUCAGAUUUUAAUAUCUGUGAUAAUAGGAUGGAUAUUAAGUGCCGUAUUAACAUCUACUGGAGUAUUAUCAAAUGAUCCUAAUAGUGUCCAAUUUUAUGCCAGAACAGAUGCUAGAAAUAGUAUUUUAUCAACGAAUCCUUGGUUUUACUUCCCUUAUCCAGGACAAUUUGGUGCAUUCAGGUUUGAUGCCGCAGCAUUCGUAGGAGCAAUUGUAGCGACAAUAAUGUCAGUUGUUGAUUCCAUCUGUGAUUAUAAUGCCUGUGCUAGGAUGUGCCAUGUGCCCUUCCCACCAGCACAUGCUAUGAACAGGGGAAUAUUUUGGGAAGGUCUGAUGAGUUUCUUUGCUGGAAUGACUGGGGCAGGUCAUGCUACAAACUCAUACGGAGGCAACAUCGGUGCUAUAGGAAUAACAAAGUCCGCAAGUCGAAGGAUAUUUGUUGUUCUAGCGGGUAUUUACAUUAUGUUUGCUAUUUUGGGUAAAGUGAAUGCAGCUUUUAUAACUAUACCAUACAGUGUUUUAGGAGGUUCAAUGUUGUUAUAUUUUGGGAUCUUUCUUGGUGUGGUAUUAUCUCAGCUACAGUUUAUAGACUUGAAUUGUACCAGAAAUCUAGCUAUCCUCGGGAUCAGUAUUUUAUUGGGAUUUAUGAUGCCAUAUUGGGUUAAGAAGAAUCCUAAGGGUAUAGAAACAGGUGUAGAAGAAGUAGAUAGAGUUUUAACAAUGUUAAUAUCAAACGGUAUAUUUAUUGCUGGUGUGGUAUCGUGUUUCUUAGACAACACCGUACCAGGAACAAAAGAAUCUCGAGGUUUGGAGGCGUUUGCUGAAGGUGAAGAAAGUUUAAAGGGGGAGAAAGUGGAAUACAUAGAAGGAAUGGAAAUAUAUGACGUACCAUUCAUACCAGAUUGUAUCAAAAAAUCAAAAUUUGCUAAAUACUGUCCCAUACUACCAGAUUACUCCAAAAAGAAAGAAUCCUCAUAG